UCUCCUCCCCCGCUGCACACUCCGAUUUAGCAGACCUGUUUAGACUCUGGAAUACAUCGCCCAGUUUCUGAAAGCGCAGCGGAAGAUUUUUCUGAUUGCUACUCUUCUGCUUCGACGAUAUUAAGAUUCAGACUCGUGUAAUUAUACACUGAUAGCGAGAAUCAUGCUUACAGGUUAUUUGACAUGGGACACCACAUUUCUGAGCUGCCGAGGGCCAGAAGCCGCUCCUGCAAUGCUUGAGCUACAAACUGCAAGCUGCUGGUGCAGCACUACAUGUGGUGCCAUACAACUUGGAUAUUGGCACAGCAUCACUACGGAGCUCAGGAAUGCCCUCUCUACUUCAGGCGAUGCAUUUCUUCUGAGCAAGCACGUGACGUACUCCAUCACCACUGCAUCGAAGGGCAGUAUGAUCCCGCUGUCGCAUGUGAACCCAAACUCGUCCUUGGACAUCCUUAGCAGCUCGCCGAAGACUGUCGUGCCGCGGUACGCCAGCGGGACCUCGAACCGCCUCCCAUCGGCUGUGUACAUGGCACAGUGGCCUUUAUCUGCGACCGGCGAUGCCGUGCAGCAUGCUUCGUCGUCUCUGGAUGCUGUCUUCACCCGUUGCCACUUUCUCACCAACUGAGCAAUCCUCUUGGGAUGGAUCAUGGCCAUGGCUGGGUGUUCUUGAUUCUCAGGUAUUUUGCUUGGAGAUGCUUGGUUUGUGAGUUUGUUGAUGAAGUGCUGGUGUCUUAGCUCAUGAAUAUAUAGGCACAGAGAUAUGAGACUUACUAGCAGUUGACAGGGGACAAGGUGCGUGCAAUGUUGGCUCUGAAGGGAGGCAGACAGAUUCAGAUCAGAUUUUGCUGGGCCAUGGCUUGCUCUGUAGAGGCAAAGGUAGUGGACUAGUGGCUGGGCAAUAGAUGCAUGCUACAGCCAUUGAUAUUAAUUGGGUAGAGGCAUUAUGCAACCUUCUAGGGCCCAGCUUUUAUGGAUCUGUUCCAUUUGGUUUGGUGUCCUGUAUCAUGAGAUUGAGCAACCCAGUGAUUGCAAUCAGGUGAGGUGAAGAGACAGCAUCACAGGGGACACUUCGUAUGAUGGUCAGGAGCCCUUUGUAUUGUUUGGAUAAGACAUGCAGGAGAACACCGAGGGAAGAACUCCGCAUGUAUUCAGGAACUACAAGCUGCAAGCUGAUAUGCAGAAAAUAUGACUGAUCUGUAUUUGGUAGGGGGCAAGGCCAUGAGCUUGGUGCGUGCAAUGGUGGCUCCCGAAGGAGGCAGUGAGAUUCAGAUUAGAUUUUGUUGGGCCAUGGUACUGUUGAGGCAAGGAUAGUGGACUAGUGGCUGGGUAAUCAGAUGCAUACAAGAUAUACAACAGCCUUUGCUACUGAAUUUGGACAGAGGCACUGUGCAGCCAUCCAGGGUCCAUCUUUAUGGCGGUGUUCCAGUUCUGUCUCCUGUAUCAAGAGAUUAGAAGAUAUGUGAUAUUCAUGUGCACCGGUCGCCGUGGUUUUGCAGAAACUGUGUGAUUGCACACAGGUUAGGUGAAGAGCUAGUGUCAUUCGGUACAAGGCAUAUGAUGGUCCAGGAGCCUUUCCUGAGUAGAUGCAGAGUUCACUUCAUUGCUUUGGGUGUGUAAUUUGCGCUUACAGCUGUGCAUGUUAGGUGCUUGUUGGUUCAACAGUGCUUUGAUUGCUGCAGAUCUGGCAAGUUUGCUGGGAAGUUCCAUAUCUCAUUGUCCACUCAUGGUCUGCAUGGUCCCUAGCAGUACCAUUUUCUGGUAUCUUCCUUGCAUUUAGCUGGGGAAGGAGUUUCAUUGUGGUAUUUUUGUUUUGGGAAGUGAGCAUGCUGCAAAAUUUGCCAAUCCUGACUUGAGCAUAAUUCGAUGGUUUUACCUAUAGUUGAACAGAACGCAGUAGCAUCCAAAAGUUGGUUGGUAAUCAGGAGUUGCAGACACUGAAGUUCUGGAUAACUCCCAGAUGAGGCUCCGCAUGAUACUUACAUGACAUCGCCAUGGAGCUGAGGACUGCGGCCUCCAUCUCUGCGGAGGCACUUCUCCUGAGCAUGAGGCGUACUCCAUCACCGAGGCAUUACAUGGCAGCUUGAUUCUGCCACCGUCGGUGCCUACGAAGCCCAACUCUUCUUGGGACAUCCUCAAAGCUCACUGAAGACUGUCGUGUCAAGGAGCACCAGUGGCACCUCGAACCUCAUGCCACCAGUGGUGUACACGGCACAGUGGCCCUUGCUAGCCACCGACGAGUACAACGUGCUGCAUGACCCUUCGGUUUCUUCCUUCAACGUUGAUGACAACCAGGUGAGCCUCUUCCUCCUGAUGGCCGCCACCCUCUGCAACUUCUUGGCUAGCUGAGCGAGUGCCUUGGCAUUCAUCAUGUUGGUUUCUUUUGUUCUUGGAAAUGGGAAAAACUCUUCUGCAAGUUGGAGAUUGGAAUGCCUUUGUAUGUUGAUAAAGUGAUGUUGUUUGGAGGGCACUUAGCCAUGGAUUUAUACCUCAAGGGUAAAGCAGGCGCCCACACGGUGGAGUGUGAUGGUUGGGCAGGAGACAAUCCCCAUGGGCACAUCACAUGUGGUGAUCUGGAUCGGGUUUUGAUGGGCCAAGUGUUUCGCACUCACCAGAGCUUGGGCUGGGAGCCACCACAGUCGUGGUGAUUUGUUUGCCAGGGAAAUGGCAUGAGGACCCCAUGGGGCUCUGUAACCACAAGCACAUUUCAGACAUGGAUGGUGCUUGAAAAUAUCAUCAAAAUCAUUCAUCAUAUUGUCUGCAGCUAGUUGCAACAACAUGCAUGCAGAACACUUAUGGCCUUGUCUCCUGCCCACCACUCUUGCUGAUAGCUACACACAAACUACACGCAUAUGCACUGCCCUGUGCCCCCUCUUCCUUCUACUUCUACUAUAAAUCCAUGGUGUGCCCAACACAAACCUCUUCAUCUCAUCUGCAAGCAACAUCACAGUCUACAACACAGUUUCAGGCUUUCAGAGCCAAAGUGAAAUUUAGCCAGCCAGGAACACAUCAGACUCAACCAUGAUCCAUGCAAAGAAGCUUGCCCAGCUAGCCAAGAAGUGCCAGCGGAUGUUGGUGCCUGGAGCCGGUGUCCGCCGCCGGCAGGCCCUGGAUCCCGAGGACGAAUGCUGCAGCACAACAUCAUCUGUUGUUGCUGACGAGGGCCACUGUGUGGUGUACAGCGCUGAUGGAGCACGGUUCAAGGUCCCUCUGGCUUACCUUGGAACAACAGUCUUUGCUGAGCUUCUGAGGAUGUCUGAGGAGGAGUUUGGCUUCACAAGUGGUGGCGAUGGAGGCAGGAUCACACUGCCCUUUGAUGCCACAAUGAUGGAUUACGUCUUGUGCCUGGUCAGGAGAGACGCCUCUGAGGAGGUCGAGAAGGCGUUCUUGAGCUCCAUUGCUGGGCACUGCUGCAGCUACAACUCUAGCUGCAUGGUGCCAUCAAUGGAAAUCAGCCAUGAAUUAGCCCUUUGUACUUAGCUUUAGCUUCUCUUUUUUUUUUUUGGUUAGGACAAGAGGAGCUCUGUAUAGUUUCAUGUAAGAUCCGAUUAUCA